AUGAGUAAAAGUGCUAAUGAGGCAUAUGAGCUAUUAGAAGAGAUGGCAAUGAAUAAUUAUCAAUGGCCAACUGAAAGGGGAAAAUCAAAGAAGGUGGCUAGAAUGAUGGAAUUGGAUGCUAUAUCCAUGCUUACAGCUCAAGUAGCAGCCUUGACAAAGCAAUUACAAAAGACUACACUCCCAUCUCAAGCUAUGCAAGUUCAAAACCUUUGUGAAUGCCAAGCUAUUACUUUGAGGAGUGGAACGAGAUAUGAAGGGGUAAAGAAGAGUCAGUCAGAAGAAGAAGAGAAGAAGUUUGAUAAUAAAAAGGUUACUGAAGACCUUAAGGAAGAAGAGGAGACCCCACCUGUGAAUAUUGAGCAUCAUGUUAGAAUUCCAUAUCCACAAAGACUUCGUAAGCAUAAUUUGGAUAAACAGUUUGCAAAGUUUUUAGAGGUGUUCAAGAAGCUACAUAUAAAUAUACUGUUCGCAGAAGCAUUAGAACAGAUGCCCAGCUAUGUAAAGUUUAUGAGGGAGAUUCUCUCUAAUAAGAGAAAGAUGGGUGAUUACGAAACAGUGGCGUUAACAAAAGAAUGUAGUGCAAUUUUACAAAGAAAGCUUCCUCAAAAGUUACGAGAUCCGAGGAGUUUUACUAUUCCAUGCAUGAUUGGGGAGUUUGAAUGUAAGCAUGCAAUUUAUGAUUUGGGGGCGAGUAUUAAUUUAACGCCUUUGUCAGUAUUCCGUAGGCUUGGUUUGGGGGAAGCUAGGCCAACCACAGUAACAUUGCAGCUUGCUGAUAGAUCUGUGAAGCAUCCACGUGCAACUGGGCAAGCAUUGAUUGAUGUGAAAAAGGGAGAGUUAAAGCUGAGAGUUCAAGGGGAGGAAGUAGUAUUUAAUGUGUUUAAGGCAAUGACUUAUCCUAAAGCAAUUGAUGAUGUAGAUGGUGAGGAAAAUGAAGAAGCGAUGAGUUACUUGAAGUGGAUAAAAUCAGCUGAGCCGUGGAAGCAUAAGAAGUUUGAAGAAUUGGGUGCAGGACUAGAAAGACCAUUACCAUCAAUUAUGAAGCCACUUGUUUUAGAAUUGAAAUUUUUACUGGACCAUCUCCGUUAUGCUUAUCUUGGGGAAAAAGAGACUCCUCCAGUUAUAGUUUCAUCAUUUCUUUCAGGAGUAGAGGAGGAGAAUUUGUUGAGGGUGUUAAGAGCUCAUAAAACUGCUAUAGGGUGGACUCUAGCUGAUAUAAGAGGAAUUAGCCCAUCGACAGUUAUGCAUAGAAUUCUUAUGGAAGAUGAGACGAGACUGACUAUUGAUGCUCAAUGA